AUGGAGAAUUGCAAGAUGGCAGAUUUGAAAUAUUCAGGUUCUUUUUUCACUUGGAACAAUAAACAAAAGCCAGAGGAGAGAAUAUUUUCCACGAUUGAUCGAGCUAUGGUCAAUACACAUUGGAUAAAUGUCUUUCCCAGUUCUGAAGUUGUAUUCUUACCUGAGUUAAGUUUCGAUCAUAGCCCUAUCUUGGUGACUAUUUAUGAAGAUAGAAGCUAUGGAAAAAAACCGUUCAGGUACUAUAACAUGUGGAAAAUGGCUCCUGAUUAUGACAAGCUAGUGACUAAGUCUUGGAAAGAAGAAAACAGGGGGUCAAAAAUGUUUUGCACUAUCCAAAAACUGAGAAGGUUGAAGGCUGUGUUGAAACUCCAAAAUAGGAUUUUCUCGAUUGAAGAUGAGCAUGGAAAUUGGUGUGAUUCUCCUGAUAAAGUUCAACAUGCUUUCCUUGAGUAUUACCAAAAAUUACUAGGUUCUACUACACCAGCAAGAAGGAAGGUUUUUCAAUCAGUAGUGGAUCUUGGACCCAAAGUUACAGAUUGCCAUAGGGAGAUACUACUUGUUGAUUACACAUCCAAGGAAGUGGAAGUGGCUGUAUUUUCCAUUGAUAGGGAUAAAGCACCUGGACUUGAUGGUUAUGGGAGUGCAUUCUUCCAAGAUAAUUGGGAUUUAGUGGGACCUGACAUAGUGGAGGCUGUUAUUUCUUUCUCAAAUUCUGGAAAGAUUUCAAAAGAGAUAAACACAACUACUAUCACACUAAUUCCCAAAACUACAUGUCCCAAAAGUGUUGUGGAUUUCAGACCCAUCUCAUGUUGCAAUGUUGUGUAUGAGAUAGCAACCAAGGUGAUCUACAAUAGACUGAGGAAGAUACUUCCUGAUCUUAUUGCAGAAAACCAAGGAGGAUUUGUACAUGGGAGAUUCAUUGCUCACAAUGUGUUAGUGUGUCAAGACUUGGUGAGACUGUAUGGGAGAAAAAACUGUAAACCAAAUUGCAUGAUCAAGAUAUACUUGAGGAAGGCUUAUAAUACUAUAGAAUGGGAGUUCUUGGAAGAGAUGAUGACUGCUCUAGGUUUCCCUGGUAAGUUCAUAAAUCUUAUUAUGGAAUGCAUUAGUACCCCUAAAUUCUCCUUACUAUUGAAUGGCUCUAUUUGUGGGUUCUUUAAUGCAAAGAGAGGGUUAAGACAAAGUGAUCCGAUGUCUCCCUUCCCCUUUGUGUCAGGAAUGGAAUACUUAUCCAGAUUCUUCACCAAAGUGGGAGAAUGGCCAGGUUUUAAAUUCCAUGACAUAUGUGCCUUCUUAAAGUUGAAUCACAUGCGUUUUGCUGAUGAUUUAUUAGUUUUCUGCAAUGGAGACUUUAUUUCUGUGAUGCUGCUACUAAAAGGACUUAAGUUGUUCUCAACUUCAUCUGGUUUGUUGCCAAAUGAACAAAAAACAACCAUUUAUUGUCCAGGAAUGCCUGAAUCUGAAGUCUCCAGGAUCCUUGAGGCAUCUAAUUUUACAAGGAGCUCAUUACCAUUUAGAUACCUUGGUAUCCAUGAGCAGGAUUGGUGGAGUUAUGUAACUCCAUUGGAUUGCAGCUGGGCAUGGAAAAAGAUAGUUGCUGUCAAGAAUAAGAUUAAGCAAAGGGUAGACAUGAAUGGCUUUGUGAUGCAGAAAUAUAAGAUCCAACAGGGGUACCAUUUGUUAUUUUCUGAAUAUGAGAAAUUGCCUUGGAGUAAUCUAGUUUGGGAUAGACUCAUUAUUCCUAAGCAUAGGUUCAUUCUUUGGUUGGUGCUUUGGGAAAGACUGAACAUGAAAGAGAGAAUCAGCAAGUACACUCAUAACAUGGAUUCAAAAUGUUUAUCGUGUGGAAAAAAAGAUGAAUCCAUAGACCACCUAUUUUUUGAGUGUGACUAUAGCAGGAAAUGUCUACAAGAGAUAAAACAGUUUCUGCAAUGGAACACACCAGCAACAAACAUUAAGCAGCUGCUAUAA